AUGCGCUCGUCGAACAUUGAAGGCCGUGGGGAGUGGGAGGAUCCCAUACCAGACACGCGAUGGAGCAUCAUCCGGAACAACCCUAAGCUCAUGGCCAUUGCCUUCUUUGCCUCAUUUGGUGGAUUCGAAUAUGGCUACCAGCAGGGUGUCCUGGGCCAGUCCCUCGUCAUGUACCGCUUUAAAGACAACUUCCCAACGGUGGUCGCCUCGUCCAGCGCCACGGGGUGGCUGACCUCCGUGCUGCAACUGGGGGGCGUUGUGGGCUCGCUCUCGGCGGGAAUCCUGGGCGAGGUCUUCUCGCGCAAGUACACCAUGUUCUCGGCCUGCUGCUGGGUGGUACUGGGCAGCUACCUCUACUGCGGUGCGACCUACCACAACCCCGCCCUGCUGUAUGCGGGCCGCUUCUUCACGGGGCUGGGCGUCGGGACCUUCAGUGGUGUCGGACCGCUCUACAACGCCGAAUUGUCCUCUCCCCAACUCCGCGGCUUCAUGGUCUCCUUCUACCAGUUCGCUACCAUCCUCGGAAUCAUGCUCUCGUUCUGGUGCGGCUACGGCAGCAACAAUAUCGGGGGCACGGGGGAACACCAAUCCGACCUGGCCUGGCGUCUCCCCUCGAUCAUCCAGGGCAUCCCUGCGGCAUGCCUGGCUCUGGGCAUCUGGUGGUUGCCAUUCUCACCGCGCUGGCUCGUGAAGCAGGGUCGCGAUGAUGAAGCCCGACGAACGCUGUCCUACCUCCGCAAGCUCCCCGCCGAUCACCCCGCGGUGGAGCACGAAUACAAGGAAAUCAAGGCUGAGUGUCUCUUCGAGCAGCGGGCGUUCGCGCGGACCUUUCCGCAUCUCGCCGAGCGCGAGAAGCAGAGCGUCCUGGCGCGCGAGUUCGCGCAGUACUACAACAUCGUGCGCACCUGGGACAAUUUCAAACGCGUCGCCAUGGCGUGGCUCGUCAUGUUCUUUCAGCAAUGGUCAGGAAUCGACGCCAUCAUUUACUACGCGUCGAAUGUCUUUCAAAGUCUGGGCCUGACGAGCGGCACCUCAGCGCUGCUGGCAACUGGCGUCACGGGGGUGGUUUUCUUCGUUUGCACCAUCCCCGCCAUGCUGGUCAUCGACCGCGUUGGCCGCAAGCCCAUGCUCCUGCUGGGGUCCACGGUCAUGUUCAUCGCCAUGAUUAUUGCCGGAGUGAUUGUCGCCAAGUUCCGGCACGACUGGCCGGGCCACCCGGCUGCGGGCUGGACGGCGGUGGCAUUCAUCUGGGUGUAUGUGGGUGCGUUCGGGGCGACCUGGGGCCCGGCGUCGUGGACUCUGGUCUCGGAGAUCUUUCCUCUCUCCAUCCGUGCCAAGGGGGCAUCAUUCGGAGCGUCAAGUAACUGGCUCAACAAUUUUGCGGUCGCGUUCUUCGUCCCGCCCAUGCUCUCCGCCUGGGCCUGGGGCACGUAUAUCUUCUUCGCCGUCUUCCUGGCCGCCGGCAUUGUCUGGGUGUGGUUCUGCCUCCCCGAGACCAAGGGCGCAACACUGGAGGACAUGGAUCGGGUGUUUAACAGUCGGACGGGCGAGCAGGAUGCCAUUCUGCUGGCGCAGGCGCGUAGCGAUGUGGGUCUGGACCAGCUGGAUCACGCCACGGUGGUCGAGAAGCUGGGCAGCAUGUAUAUCGAGGAGGAGAAGUCGGCAAUAGCAGCGGACGCUCCGCGGAUGGUCCGCGGGAACUCGGAACAUUCAGCACGUGGCCUCACAGUGUUCGAGAAGGUCGGCGUGCUCGGCGACGCGGGCGCAUCGCUCCUCAUCCAGCCAAAUGGCAUGAAGGUCCUCGGUCUCAUAAGCAUGACUGAGUCCCUCGAACAGGACUUUCAACCGCUGCGCGGAUUCUGGCACGGCACGCCCGACGGCCAAGCCCUCGCGUUUUCGACCCUGGCCGCGGAAUUCAAAACGCGCUACGGCUUUUCAGCGGUCGGCAUCCGACGCUCUGAGCUGAAUCUCCGCCUCAAGAACCUGCUCCUGGAUCAGGGAAUCGAAGUCCGCGAGGGGUGGGAAUUGCUCCGCAUCAAGGAGCAGGAGGGGUCCGUCACGGCCAGAUUCACCAACGGGCAGUCGGCGACCGGCUCGUUCCUCGUGGGAUGCGAUGGCAUCAAGGCUGCUUCGCGGGGGGAGAUCCUCCGAACCUGCCACGACAGCGAGGAGGGCCCUCCGAUGUUCACGGGCUUGACCCAGACCGCGGGCAUCUCGGCCACCCCGGCGACUCUGCAAGACCGCGCAGGGCAGAUGAGCAACUGGUACGGUGAGGGCAUCCAUGUCAUCGCGUAUCCGGUCUCCAAGACGCAUACCUCCUGGGCGGUGACACUACCGGACGCGAAUGAGCAGCCGGAAACAUGGAGGCUGUCCGGUGCGGAGGACCUCGCGGCACGGCGCGGCGAACUGCGGGCUCAACUGGCGGGAUUCGAGCCCGCAGUCUUGCAGCUUGUGACAGAUGCGGAGCGUCUGAUCAAGUACGGCUUGUUCGAUCGGAAGGAGUUGACGGCGGACCAGUGGCACUCUUCGCGGUGCGUGUUGGUGGGCGAUGCUGCGCAUCCCACAAGUCCGCAUAUCGGCCAGGGAGCUAAUCAGGCACUGUACGUAUGGGCUAAGGAUCAAAUGAGGACUCAGUCAGGCUGA